AUGAAGGAGUUUGUCGGGUCUGAGAUAGAGGACUUCCAGUUCCCAGCUUGCUUCGGGGAUCAGACGUGGCAGAUCUACAAUCAAGCCACAGCGCUGAAAAACAACAUUGACCUUCUCACACUAACGGCUGGUGGAAACGAUCUAUGUCUUUCCGAUAUCAUUAAGAGCUGCGUCAUUCUGGCAUUUGACGGUGAUGCUACUUGCAAUGCCAUCCUCGAUAAGGCGCAGGAAAACCUCGACAGUAUCGUCAAGGACAACGUAAAGCAGAUCCUUAAGGCACUUGAUAGCAAGAUGGCUAAAGACGGAGUGGUCGUGUACAAUGGCUACGCGCGCUUUUUCAACGAGGAUAAUGAUGAUUGUGCCACCAAUCAAGACUGGGCUCCAUUCUAUUGGUAUCGCUACCUACAAGGUAGCGCGAGCCCUUUACCCCUGACCGUUGAUCGCCGUAAGAGUUUCAACAAGUUGACAACGGCGUUGAACGACGCAUUGCGCGACGUGGUUCACGACGUCGCCGAUGAGGUCAGCUACAAAAUUGGCUAUGCAUCUUGGGACCUCUGGGGCAUCGACGGCGUUAAAGGCCAAAUGUGCGAUCCCUCGUCCACUGGCACGUAUCCGGACCCUAAGCAGCCAGACUUGUUAUUCUUCAAGCCAGACACGAGAAAAUCUAUCUGGCGGUUUCCACUAAAAAAGAAGCGCUCCGCUAAUGGAACGGAAACUAUUUAUGUGGACUUAGAUAGCACAGUUGAUGGCGAAGUUGUUGGAGAGUGGGAUACAUCUGUUCCACCCACCGAUGAACAACGUGAAGCCCUGCGUGUAUCUCUACCUCCUCUGCCGGAGAGGGAUCUCGAUAGCAAUGGCGUAGACAGAGCUGUCUACCGCUCUAUCCUAUGGAAUUCAGUGAAUCCUUCAGCGGCAGCACUUAAAGCCCUUGAUAAACGAGCCCCGGCCACACCCGGCUGCCCCGGAGAUCCGUAUCCGUAUCUCCCUAAUGUUGGUUGGUUCCUACCAGAUUACUUCGGGCGUAUCUUCCACCCUAAUGAAGCCGGACACAAUGCCAUUGCAUCAUUUGCCAUUCAACGAGCUAUCGAUCUGCGAGCUGAGGUACUGGGUAUCAACCCGGAAGUAUGCACAGUCACAGACGAGUUCAAAUGUUGGCAAAAAGAAGGUCGCAAAGGUUACGCCACUGCAGAUAGGUUAAAUGAGAACUAUAAGACGUACUGCGACGGGGUCAAAGCACCAGGUGGCGGCGUAACUGGGUGGAAGGAUAGCCGAAAGUUCCACGAGGGAACGCCGGACGAGCAUGAGUUCGUUAUCGAGACGUCAGAGUUUGCCAGCGAAUUUAAUCAUGACGAAUGUAUUGAGAGUAUGGAGCGGAUCAUCAACGGGUGCGAUGGUAAUGAUCCCAACAAUCCGAUGAAUUGGAAGUUUGGGGGCACAUGGAAGCGCGGCGAAUAUAGAUACACUGUCAACGUCAACCGGGAUAACCGACCUUGGCCCCCGAUCACGAAGGCAUAUGGUAAAUGUGAUGGUGGAUAUCACGUAGUGUAUAGUGAUUACACUAUGUAUGGUGCUGGGUGGAGCAGUUGGGACAGCGGCCAGGAUACAAUUAUCCCCAAGAUGAAAGGGUGUUUGGGGCUAGGUAUUACAGCUUGGAAGUUUGAAUAUUUUGAUAAGCCGGAUAGCGACGGUAUGGAGUGGAAAGCCACUUUCCAUACGCCUAUAUUUGUAAAUAAUCGCUGCUUUAAAAAUAAUAAGGUCGCGAUAGGCGCUGGUGGUUUUACUGACGGAUGUGGGGGCUCUGGCUGGGCGUAG